GAGUAGUAGUAUCUCCUCCCACAUUGACCUUGUUCCCGGUGAGAUUUCGGCAAUGAUUACUAAGCGAUAACUAAACAUUUCCUCUGUUUAUCGUUACAGGAUUACUGUCAUGGUGUAGAGCGCGAGAAUAAUUACGUACCUAAGAGAAUCAUGGCCAAAAAACAAGCUACAAAUGUCUUAGGGAUUUCACCUCCACUGAUAAAUUCAGCUAACCCUGUAAGUCUAUCUCUUCAUCCGACCACCGAGCUCAAAUUUCUCUACAUAUUCCACGGCGCUAUACCUACAGUCUUACCGAAGCCCCUUUUUACACUUCUUAAAAAUCAACUGAUUGUAUCUCCCUAACGGGGAUAGCCAAAUAUUUGAGUGUAUCGUGAAAGUUGAGAGCUGAUUGUCAUCACUAGUGGGCAACAAGUAAAGGCGACCUCCUUGCCCUUUACCGUUGUCUUCAUACAGGUGCUGUCACCGUCAGAACGUCGCUCCUCAAUCCAUUUCAACAUGAUUCACAACUACAUCAAUAUACAUUUUUCGAUCCUAAAUCUAACUCAACCUGCGCUGAAAUCUCAGAAGGCCGAAGUAAUGUCAUCCCGGGCGAGACAAAUAGCCUAAACACACUCGGUUACUCACCCAUAUCUUUGGACUCAUAUUUGGACAUCCUUCUUGAACUUGCAAAGGAGGAAAGUUUUCAGCUUCUUACUCCCAAACCGUGGAUAAUUUCCGUUACUGGAUCAGCUGAAGAAGUUGCUGAAUGCUAUAGGCAUGUUUUACGACAACAUGGAAAAGCCAAUCUCAACCUUAUGAUGGAAAUCAACCUUUCAUGUCCAAAUAUCGUGGGGAAGCCACCUCCUGCCUAUAACGAAAAAGCUCUGGCCUCAUACAUAAAGGUCAUCAGAAGUGUAAAAGCCGAGGCGCCCAACAGCAUUCACGUAGGCAUCAAAACCCCACCUUACACAUAUUCCGAGCAAUUUAGGAACUUAAUUUCUGCACUGGAAUCUGGAGCAUCACUUGAUGGAGGAAUUCCCAUAUCAUUUAUCACAGCAACCAAUACUCUUGGCUCAUGUUUGGUUAUUGAUGAAUUCGGAAACCCUGCACUAGGUUCUUCAAAUGGUGAAGGUAUCGGUGGAAUGGCUGGUGACGCAUUACAUCCAAUCGCAUUAGGAAAUGUCAAGACAAUACGAAAAAUGUUGGAUGCGUCGCCAAUUGAGGGUGUAAGGAACAUGGAGAUAAUUGGUGUUGGAGGAGUGAAGGACAGUCCAAGUUUUACCAGAAUGCGUACUGUUGGUGCGUCGAUAGUGGGUGUGGGAACGGCAUUGGGUAGAGAGGGCGUAGGUAUCUUUGAGCAAAUCCUUUCCGGGUUGAAGGAAGAGGUUUCGAGUUAAUCCUUCAAUCAUUAUCGUACCUUGAUAUGAUUGAAAUUUCAUGAUGUCAAGAAGUUACGUCAAUGACAUUCUUUUCCAACCCGUGAACCCUGCAAGUGAUUAAUUACUGAUCUGGGGACCAGUAAUACUAUUCUAUUGCUCAAUGUCAACACUGGUGUCGUGAAUUAGACCUUGAAUAUA